AUGGCAAUUGGUAACGAAAAGAGAUGCACUCCCUUUCCUGGAAGCUUUAAUAUCAACUCGGACAACAGUCAAGAAGACACCGGAGCCGGGACAGCAUGUGCAUCAUCAGGAGCCGUCGACAAGGCCGGGCAGUCACCCAAUAAACUCAGGAAACGCCCUCAAUGGAGACCGCCUCCCUUACCAUUGUCUGUCCGACAGGUCCCUGAGAAAGAAUCCUCCAAGCGAUGUUCCCGUCAGUUUCCAGAGAACGGUUCCCCAUGGGACAGAUACCGUCCAUUUACGCGGCGGCGAAGCUGUGGAAAGAUUGUACUUGCACAUGAUAUAAGGAUGCCAAAGACUGUGGUUGCGUUCAGAGAUUGCAAACCUUCCAAUGCGGUAAAUGUGCAGCACCUGAUUAAAACAGCACAUACGAACCUGGUCAACCUUCGGGAUGCCUUCAUUGAUAGAGACAUUGUGUACCUCGCAUAUGAACGCAUGGAUCUUCCUUUGGAACAGUUGCACUCUGAUGUGAGAUUAGAGGAAGGGCACAUCGCUACAGUCUGUCGAGAGGUAGUUCAACCACAUGGCGAAAUUGGCUCCAGUAUGCUGGCGCAGCAAUGUGGCAUGGAACGUCGUGAUAUCAAAUCUGUGGGUUGGAUAAUGACCGAGAUCAUGGAGCCGCAAACAGCAGAUUUAGACCCUGAAACCAUUCACCUCGAGAAGCCUGAACAGUGGAGCCGCGAAAUUCUUGGAUUUCAACAAGAUACGGAGCACAGCAGUAUUCCACAACUACUCAGUCACCCAUUUUCGGCACACGCCGCCCCAUCCACGGCAGGGUUCCUUACACCAUUGAUCUUAGUUGCGCUGAAACACUGGCAAGCAUAA